UGCCGGCGCAUGCGCCUUCCUCAGUUCCGCCCCCGGUCCCAAACCAUCCGGUCGGCCGGUGCUGGUGGUGCGGGAGAGCGGCCGCCGUGCGGAGCCACGGGCCGGGCGGGCCGAGAGAGCCGCCGCUAUGGUCUUCUACUUCACCUCCAACGUUGUUCCCUCCGUUUACACCAUUUACAUGGGAAAAGAUAAGUACGAAAAUGAAGACCUAAUAAAGUAUGGCUGGCCUGAAGAUAUCUGGUUUCAUGUGGAUAAACUCUCUUCCGCCCACGUGUACCUUCGGCUACACAAGGGGCAGACGGUGGAUGACAUUCCCAAGGAGGUGUUGAUAGACUGUGCCCAUCUGGUGAAGGCAAACAGCAUCCAAGGCUGCAAGAUGAACAACGUCAACGUGGUGUACACGCCGUGGACCAACCUGAAGAAGACAGCAGACAUGGACGUGGGGCAGAUCGGCUUUCACAGGCAGAAGGAUGUGAAAAUGCUGACGGUGGAGAAGAAGGUCAACGAGAUCCUCAACCGGCUGGAGAAGACAAAAGUGGAGCGUUUCCCAGACCUGGCUGCUGAGAAAGAAGCCCGGGACAGAGAGGAGAGAAACGAGAAAAAAGCCCAGAUCCAAGAGAUGAAACGGAAGGAAAAGGAAGAGAUGAAGAAGAAGAAAGAGUUGGAAGAACUUAGGAGCUACUCAUCGUUGAUGAAGGCAGAGAACAUGUCCUCAAAUCAGGACGGCAACGAUUCUGAUGACUUUAUGUAAAUCAAGCCUCUCUCCUUUCUCUCAAUCAACGAGGUGGUUUGGGGGAGCUCUUAAUAUGUCACCAUCGCUACGAAUACCAAAAAAAACCUCAUACCCCCCCAAAAAAAAAGGGAAUGCUGACUUCA